AAAGUGGAAGACACUCACUAUCUAAUUUCCACACACAAAUCAAAUGCACUUGCAACCAACCCUUCGUUGUCAACAGUCGUCGUACACGUAAGAAUCCGGUUUUAAACCAACACAGGUUCUCUUGGUUUUUGAAUGGCUGACCAUUAUUCAAAGAUCUUUCGUUCAUUGUUACCACUUUUGAACAAACUUCAAGGUGCCUUCAAAUCUCGUGGCAUCCCUCGUCAGCCAAUCAGUUGAAUUAUUUGCACACCCUGGGGUAUUGAUUAACUUAUCUGACAUGUGAACUUUGGAUUCGCCCAGUAUUUUCACAUUUGCUUUUGAUCAAUCGUCAUGGCCUCAAGUAUUGGAGAGAUUUCCAAUUGUUUGGAGUCGAGUUCUAAUCGAUCAAAGGUGUUUCGAAUUGCUCAAUAUGGCUGUCUCCUCGCGUCUGGAUCCCCUGGAUUGGAUCAGGCUUCAAAGAAGUUUCUCCUCAAAAUAUCUGCAUCUUUCUCGGACACCAGGAAGGUGUUGAGGCUCCUGGAUGAUUUUGCAUCAAUCAAAUACACCUUGAACUAUGGAUUGGGGCAUCAAAUGGAACCCGACCCAUUGCUCCGGAUCGUGGGGUUUCUCACGAACAUAUUUGACACGUUAUAUUACCCUUGCGAGCACAUUGCCUGGUUGAUGAAUCACGGAUGGUUGGGAUUUUCUCGCAAGGAUGCCCGGAUUUGGUCGGACCGCAAUAACUACUGUUGGGCCCUCUCGCUCCAGCUCCAAAUGAUCAGUGCCUUGAGAUCGUUAUGGAUUCUCCGGGGUGAGGAGAAGAUGGUCAAGUCUAAAUUCGGGGAUAAGUUUGGCGAAGUGGUAUCCUUGAAGCGUAAGCAACGUAUUCAAGUCCUCUCCCUCUGUCAAGCCAGUUUCGACUUGUGUAACGCCCUCCAUUGGAUGCCUCCCGAGAAAUCAUUCCUAUCCGGUCAACUGGCCACCUGGCAAGUGGGUUUCCUGGGCACCGUAUCCACAAUUAUCAUGAUCUACAAAAAAGCUUUAAAGUCUUGAACCUUGGCGUGAAUAAAAUUGGCCCUUUGGUCAUCGUUAGCUAGCCAA